AUGGACGAGCACAAUCAGAGUCGACGGUAUAGUCCAAGCACACUGAGCGAUUCUCAGGGAACGAGAUAUGCGCCACUGGGAUCUUCUACAUCGCAACAUGGCUUGCUCCCUGAUGUACCAGCGGAACGAUACCGGCAUGGUCAACAGCAGCAGCUCGGGCUCUCUACCCCGGCACGCACCCUGGAAAGUAAUGCCGGUGGCGACAGCCAAUAUUACCCAGAUCAAAUCUCGACAUUUCCUGGUUCUACAAGCCUAUCGGCCGCACAAAUGUCAUACGGAUCCGAUUACAACCCGGGUGGCGCCGACACAGGCGCGCGACAGCAACAUCAAACAGUUGGGUUUGGCAACUACAACGCAAGCAUGAUGAUGUACAGCGUACCGCAAGCGAGCACGCAAACUUCGAUUUACAACACGCCGCAGUAUGCCCCCUCUCUACCACCUAGAAAUAACCCCAUGGCAUCGACGCCGCUUCUCUCCACCCAGGCCGACGUGAAUCCAUCAUACUUUGGAGAAGAGCAGGCUUCCCCUGAGACGACCUCGUUGGAGCACACUGCCAACAGCGGGUCAGCCUACUACCAGGAUAUUCCCUCCUCAUUCCACUACACAACGGGAGGGGCAGAAAGCAGUGGUGGCAGCGUCAGUGGCAGCGGCAACAGCCUCACCGGGGUAGAGAGUUUCUAUCAGGUCGCUGAUUUAGGUGCUAGCAGUUCGGGCGCAAUGGCCGAGUCUUCAAGACCGGACAGGACAGCGGAGUUUGAGGAAAAGUGGCAGGAAUACCAGCGACGCCUCGCCAGCGUAUUUCUGGAUGUCAAAAACGGAAAUCUUGAAAAGGCGGCUGAUGGUCUCUUGAGCGUCUCGUUCUGGCUCUUGUCGAGAGUCGAAGAAUUAGGCCUAACCGAAGACGACGAGGACCUUCACAAAGAUCGCCUCAAGCUGUGGCAGGACUUUAAUCACGCGUGGAUCGCACUCGUCUUCAAACAAAAGAAGCACAUGCAGCAGUUUGAUGCCGACGAUGUGGUGUCGCAGCCUCUAGCAAUACGGACGAUCAAGAGGAUGGGCGACGAGCUUAUUCGCCUCUGCGAUGGUAUUGAGAGGCAUGGUCUCGUAGACUACCAGUUUGGUGUGUGGGAGGACCAGAUUGAAUCAUUACUAGAGGAUUGUCUCAAUCUUUUCGAGGACAAGGAAAAGGAGCAGAAGGAAGCUCGGCGCCGAGACGAGGCCAGCUGUUAUGGAACAUUAUAUGGCGAAUUCAUUUUGGAGUAUCAGGAUUUUGUGCAGCGCGCAUAUCACAAUAUCAACAUCGUCAAGACGAACACUGUCCGCCCUUUGGUCGUGCUCGUGCUCGUGCUCGUGCUCGCCUGCAUCAGAUACUGCCGCCAAGACAAGGCGAACGCCAAGAUAUGCCUGGAAGCAAUCCAGCCAGGUUCGGCGCAUCCCUAUUGGCGCGAGAAUAAUCCGGGUGUCAAGCCAACUUGUCCGUUUAUUAGCCCACUCCCCUCCUUCCUUGCGCGCGCGGGACGGGCGUAUCGAGAUGAAGGAGCUGAAAUAGCCUCCUCGGCGCUCCUGGAUCAAGGACGGAGCCAAAACAAGAAUAAAAUAGAACAAGUCACAAGACUCCCUCUGCAGUACGAGAGCCCGUCCGUGCUUGGGUUGACGUUUGCGCAGCCGCCUUGGCGGAUGGAUGGGUGGGCAGGUCCCGUUUUGGUUCCCGACCAAGUGCCGCCUUCAUUGGUGACGGAGCGAGGCUGA